AACCGGAGACGGAAGCGUCUGCUUGGUUUGCUCAGCGUCAGUUCGUGCAGUACGUGUGCUAAAUAUAGGAGAAGACAUCCCUCGCGUGUGUUUUACACGGCGAAAGAGGAACUCUUAAGGACCUAUAUGUCAUUAGGUGGAAGUCAAAACGGCGGCCGCCGCGCCAGCAAGUGGGACCAGCCGGGUCCCGGUUGUGGAGGACCGGGGGAGGCUGAGGCGGCACCCACCGGAGCUCUGGACGCCGCCGCCGCCGUGGCCGCGAAGAUUAACGCCAUGCUCGUGGCCAAGGGCAAACUGAAGCCCUCGCAGAUCGGCCCACCGGGGCCUGUUGAAAAGGUAAUGGGCAUUGGGAAACCUCAGGUGCCAGCCAAGACUAAAGACGACCUGGUGGUGGCGGAGGUAGAGAUCAAUGAUGUCCCGAUCACAUGCCGGAAUCUCUUGACGCGAGGACAGACACAAGACGAGAUCAGUAAAGUAAGCAGUGCCGCCGUGUCCACCCGAGGACGCUACAUGACUGCAGAGGAGAAGGGCAAAGCGCCACCCGGGGACCGGCCUCUGUAUCUGCACGUUCAGGGACAGACGCGGGAGCUUGUAGACCGAGCUGUAAACAAGAUCAAGGAGAUCAUCACCAAUGGGGUUGUGAAAGCAGCCACCGCCUCGUCGUCAGUGUCCUCAUCCUUCUCCUCCACCACACCCGCCGUGACCGUUUAUCAGCAAGCACCUCCACCUUCGCUUCCCCCGAUGGCGCACCACAAGCCGCACUUCCAGACCGGGAUGCACUACGUUCAAGAUAAGAUCUUUGUGGGCCUGGAGCACGCCAUCCCGGGCUUUGUGGUCAAAGAGCGGGUGGAGGGUCCGAGCUGCUCGUACCUGCAGCACAUCCAGUCUGAGACCGGGGCCAAAGUCUUCCUCAGAGGAAAGGGCUCGGGCUGUCUGGAGCCCACAUCCGGACGAGAGGCCUUCGAGCCCAUGUACAUCUACAUCAGUCAUCCCAAACCGGAAGGUCUUGCAGCGGCCAAAACUUUGUGUCAAAACCUGCUUCAGACCGUCCACGCGGAGUAUUCUCGCUUCCUCGCUCAAAUGAGCUCAGUGAUGCCAUCGCAACAAGGCUUCACACAGCCCCCGGUGAUGAACGGGAUGCCCCCGUACUACCCCCCGGCCGGCUUCCAGCCGGGCUACCCCAUGCCGGUGCCGCCGCCUCAGAACCAGCCCCCACCGAUGCCCUUCUCCGUGCCCUCCCCCAUCCCGCCACCCAAGGUUGUUCUCCCUCAGUUCCCACCGACGCCGGUGCCGCCGCCGCCGCCUCCAAAUCUGGCCCCGCCACUCUGUCCGGCGCCUCCCGUUUCCGCUCCCGUUCCGGCACCUCUUCCGCCACCCGUUCUUCCUCCGGUUCCGGCUCCAGCUCCAGUUCCAGUUCCUCCUCCGGCUUCGGUGGUCCAGACGCUUCCUCCCAUGUCCUACGUUCCGUCGGCUGUGGCGCCGCCCAAAGCCCCGCCUCCUCCGUCCAUGUCGGCCAAUCCAGCGCAGAAAAGACGAUUCACAGAAGAAGUGCCCGACGAGUGUGACAGUGGCCUGCUCGGCUAUCAGCAUGGACCCAUUCAUAUGACUAAUUUAGGUGCAGGCUUCUCCGCGGGCAGCCCCGAGACUGCAGGACCCCCACCUUCGAGUUCCUCUGGCCCGACGAGUGCGAGGGACAGUAGGCAGCUAAUGCCUCCACCGCUGUUGCCCGUAAAUGGUGUGAGACCCAAGAUGGAGGAGAGGAGGCCACCGCAAGGCCCCGUGGCAGAGCCGACUGGGAAGAGGCUAAAAACGGGCUUGGUCGCGUACGCCGGCGACUCCUCCGACGAAGAGGAAGACCACCCGAGCUCCAAAGCCUCGGGGUCAGGUAACCCCGCGGGCUCUCCUUCUACCUCCUUAGACUGGAUCCAGGGGUACCGCUGCCCGCCGCCGCCGCCCCCCCGGGCGAAAACGCAGCCGCAGCAGCAGUCUAUGCCUUUCUGGAUGGCACCCUGAAAGUUCGACAGCAGUUCUACGCGGAUGACUCGUAGCUUUGGUUUAGUUCAAGUAAGCAUAUUUUGUGUUUUCUACACACAUGUACAGUGUAAAGAUGAUCCUUUUUCCGAGUGACACUUUGCAAAGCCGUGGAUGUUGGAAAGGUGACAUCAGCAAUGCCAGUUUGAAUUUUGAAAAAAAUGUGAAUAUCUGAAUAGAUUCUUUGUGGAAACAAUAAAAAAUGAUGAUCGGCUUUAAUUUCAUCCUUCUUCAGUCCUGGACACACCAUGUUGUUUUGUUUUUGUCGCAAUUGUUUUGGACUAAUGUGUAGUAAUUUAAAUGUUGCUUUUUGGAAAUAAAGUGGUGUAAAUUAUAA